AUGGCAGAGGUUGCGGCGCUGGCGGUGGGCCGCGCGGGCAGCAGCAGAGGGCCCAGUGGCGGGGGCAGCGGCACCAUAAGCACGCUGCCGAUGCCUAACUGGCCGGCCAGCGCGAGCGGCAACGGCGCCGGCGAGGCGUCACGCCGCAUAUCGCAGCAGCAGCAGCAGCAGCAGCAGGUGCCGCACCAGCAGCAGUAUCACCUCCAGCAGCCCGUGCCGCAGCAGCAGCCCGUGGCGCCGCCGGCAGUCGCCGCGGAGGCGGCGCCUGCGGCCAGCGAGACGCCGGAGCAGGCCGCCGCGCGCGCGCGCGCGGAGGGCCUGGUGCUCGCGGCGGCGCAGCUGCAGCGGCUGGCGGCGCGGCGGCUUUCGGGCCACGUGCGGACGGGGGAGACGCAGCUGCUGCUGCACUACCCGGAGGGGGGGGAGGGCGCGGUGGCGACGAUGCUGGCGGGGUGGCUGCUGUGGUUCAUGGGGCUGGACCUGGAGGAGGCGUCCGCGGCCGCUGACGUGGCGGUGGGGGCGCCGCCCGACGCGGAGCUGCUGCAGUCGGCGGCGGAGCUGCUGGUGGCACGGGCGCGCGCGCGCUUCAGCCGCAUCGUGCUCGUGUGGCCGUACGGCGGCAUGAGCGCUGAUGUGUCUGGCGAGCUGGUCGGCGGCUGGGGGGAGAAGGUCCCGAUGCGCCGCUGCAUGAGCCCCGCCGGCUGCAGGGGCGCCGCAAGGGGCCAGUUUCUGGUGGAGCUCCAGGGCCUCAGGCCAGGCCGGUACCACUACAAAUUCAUAAUCGACAACACCUGGGCGGUGGACCCGUUCGCGGCCAAGGACCUGGACGGCUCGGGCAACUGGAACAACGUGUGCGAGGUGCGCCCUCCUCCGCGGAUCGAGACGCCAGAGGAGCGGCGGCACUUCGCGGCGCUGCAGGCCGCGAUGAUGGCGUUUGAAGCGAAGAUGGGCAUCGGCUCGGGCGCGAGGGCCGGCCGCAUGAAGCGGGGCUGA